AUGGUUAUUGGGCUACUCACCAUCGCAUCUAUCCCUACCGUCAUCGGGGUCGCGGAGGCGAUUAGCGCGCAGAAGUCGCAGAAUGCCUCGCUGAGCAAGGAGCAGGAAAAGUUCCACUUGGCCCCCCUGAUGCGGCGCAAGGGGAAAUCAGAGGAGGCCGGGGUUGGCGUUCUAGUGGACAACAAGCUCUUUCUCAACCUGCCCGAACGCCCCGUCGAGGGCCACGAGUUCAACGGCUACUACUUCAAGUACCCAAGCGAGGAGGGGCAUCUGGGGAUGGUGAGCACCAUCGCAGUCGAUCCGCCGAUGCUAAACUGGAUCUACAUCCACCGAGACACGCACGCGGUGGAGUAUGGGGGCCGCAAAGAGACCGUGGGUCACGUCAUUGGGCCGUGGGGCUGGAGCGACGACGAGCGCUUCCUGACGCUCCAAGGCGAUCAUGAUGCGUUUGUUGCCGUCCGCGAGGAGGCGGAUGACGGGCGAUGGGCAGUGUACUGGGACCCGGAAGGGGAGAUUCAGGAAACGGCGGGCAAACGAUGUCGGCCUGUGGCGCUGUGUCGCAAGUUGCAGCGCGGCGUGGAGAGUCGCUUCGUCAGAGACUGA